AUCAUCCUUUCGCGACUUUCCCAUCGUCGCCUUCUCUCUUCCACCUCCCUCCUCCCAGCCCAGUCGACUUGUCUGGAGGUUCUCUUGCGCGCACCUCCAAACAUGGCGGACAACGACAUCGUCAUCGACAAGGCGCUCUUCCACGAGCGCCUCAACAACCUCGUCACCAAGUGGAAGGCCGACAAGCGCUCCGGCGACCAGGUUUUCCAGGGCGCAAGCUCAAUCGCCACGCUCGUGGGCAAGGCGAGCGAGCCAGGCAUCUACCUGAAGCCAGCGGCAUUCCAGCUAUGGCUGCUAGGCUACGAGUUCCCUGCUACGCUUUUCGUCCUUACCCCCGACCUCCUCCAGAUUGUCACAACCAAGAAGAAGGCAUCCUACCUAGAGCCGCUCAAGGGUGGCAAGGUGCCUGUUGAGAUUCUUGUGCGGGGCAAAGACGCCGAGGAGAACAAGAAGCAGUUCCAGACAUGUCUCGAGACGAUGAAAAAGGCCGGCAAGAAGGUUGCGGUGCUCAAGAAGGACAGUGCCAACAACGCUUUCGCAAACGAGUGGAAGGCGGCAUUCGACGAGGCUGGCUUCAAGGACGAGGAUCAGGUCGAUCUGGCCUCCAUCAUGUCCAACGCCGCCUUGUCUGUCAAGGACGAGAAGGAGCUGCGAACCAUCCGCGAUGCUGCCCGCGCCUCGAGCGCCCUCAUGUCCAACUACUUCGUCGAAGAAAUGUCCGACAUCCUCGACUCGGAGAAGAAGAUCUCACACCGCGCCCUCGCCGACAAGGUCUCCAACAAGAUCGACGACGCCAAGUUCUUUGAGAAACAAAAGCUCUCCAAAACAUUCGACUCGAUGCAGCUCGACUGGUGUCUCCAGCCUACAAUCCAGAGUGGUGGCUCGUACGAUCUCAAGUUCGCUGCGGAGCCCGACGAGAACAACCUGCACGCGGGCGUCAUCAUCUCGGUCCUCGGCCUGCGCUACCAGACCUACGGUGCCAUGAUCGGCCGAACAUUCAUGGUAGGACCCAACAAGGAACAGGAGACUGCCUACAAGCUGCUUCUGGCGAUUCACGACUUGGUCAUCAAAUCCAUCAAGGACGGUGUUGUGGCCAAGGACGUCUACAACAAGGCCCUGGCACAUCUCAAGUCCAAGAAGCCAGAGUGGGAGAAGCACUUCCCCAAGAACCUUGGUUACGGUAUCGGUACCGAGAACAAGGACUCUUCGCUCCUCUUGAGCGGCAAGAACACUCGUGUCCUAAAGGACGGCAUGACUCUGGUCGUUCAGACUGGUCUGUCGGAUCUGGAGAACAGCAAACCCCAAGACAAGAAGAGCAAAAAUUACUCGCUGGUCUUGGUAGACACUGUUCGUGUUAGCUCGGCUGACUGCGCAGUCUUUACCAAAGACACCACUUCUGAUCUGGACGCCGUCUCGUUCUUCUUCGACGACGAAGAGGAGGAAGCGAAGCCCAAGGUGAAGAAGGAGCGCCCCGCUAUUGCACAGACAAACAUCACCAAGACCCGUACCCGACACGAGCGAACAACGAACCAAGACGCGGAGAAGGAGGAGCAACGGCGACAACAUCAGAGAGAGCUGCAUGCCAAGAAGCAAGAGCAGGGUCUUGCCGAGUACAGCGAAGGCGCAAAGUCUCUCAACGGCACUGAAGAGAAGAAGUUCAAGAAGUUUGAGUCGUACAAGCGCGACAACCAGUUCCCCAACUCAGUCGCCAACUUGGAGAUUGUAGUCGACAAGAAGAACCUUACCGUUCUUCUGCCCAUCAUGGGUCGACCUGUACCCUUCCACAUCCACACCAUCAAGAAUGCUUCGCACACGCCCGAAGCAGACUUCACAUCGCUCCGCAUCAACUUCCUGUCGCCAGGUCAAGGUGUGGGCCGAAAAGACGACCAGCCCUUUGAGGACCCCAACGCACACUUCAUCCGGAGUUUGACCUUCAAGUCGCACGACGUUGAUCGCAUCGACCAGAUCACCAAGGACAUUACAGAGCUGAAAAAGGACGUCGUACGGCGUGAGACGGAGAAGAAGCAGAUGGAGGAUGUUGUUGAACAAGACAAGCUCAUCCCGCUCAAGACUCGCAAGCCUCACAUGCUGGACCUCAUCUUCAUCCGCCCAGCGCUCGACGGUAAGCGUAUUCCUGGUAGUGUCGAGAUUCACCAGAACGGUCUGCGCUACGUUCACGGCAACGGUACUGCGAAGAUCGACGUUCUGUUCAGCAACAUGAAGCAUCUUUUCUUCCAGCCCUCACAACACGAGUUGAUUGUCAUCAUCCACGUGCAUCUCAAGAACCCAAUCAUGCUCGGUAAGAAGAAGACCAAGGACGUCCAGUUUGUCCGGGAAGCAACCGAGAUGCAGUUCGACGAGACGGGUAACCGCAAGCGCCGCCACAAGUUCGGCGACGAAGAGGAGUUUGAGCAAGAACAAGAGGAGCGGAGGCGCCGUGCCGCUCUCGACAAGGAAUUCAAAAACUUUGCCGAGAAGAUUGCCGAUGCGGCUAGGAACGAGAACGUCAGUGUUGAUAUCCCAUACCGUGAGUUGGGUUUCAACGGUGUGCCCAGUCGGUCCAGCGUGCUCGUCCAGCCCACGACCGACUGUCUUGUCCAACUUACCGAACCGCCGUUCACCUGUCUCACGCUCAGUGAGAUCGAAAUCGUGCACCUGGAACGUGUGCAAUUCGGUCUUAGAAACUUUGACAUGGUCGUCGUGUUCAAGGACUACAAUCGGCCCCCUGUCCACAUCAACACCAUUCCCGUCGAAUCUCUCGACCCAGUCAAGGACUGGCUCGACUCUGUCGAUAUUCCAUUUACCGAGGGUCCCUUGAACCUCAACUGGGCCACCAUCAUGAAGACGGUGACGUCGGAUCCACACCAGUUCUUUGCCGACGGUGGCUGGAGCUUCUUAUCCAACGAGUCGGAUGACGAAGGGGAUGGCGACGAGGAAGAGGAGAGUGCGUUCGAGGUUAGUGAGAGCGAGUUGGCAAUUUCGGAUGAGAGUAGUGAGGAGAGCGACUUUGAUGAGAAUGCGAGUGAUGAGAUGAGCGAUGAGGGGAGUGAGGAGGAGUUUAGUGAGGGCGAGAGCUGGGAUGAGUUGGAUAAGAAGGCUGCGAGGAAGGAUAAGGAGGCUAGAGAGGCCGGGGGUGGUGGGAGUGAGGAUGAGGGGAAGGCGAAGAAGAGGAAGAGGUAGAGAUUUGGGGUUUUUGUGGAGCAUGUGUAAGAUCAGGAUUCAGUUUUCGUGAGGUUGUUUUCACGGUCACUACGCGCGAGAGAGAGCGCGCGGUGGUGAUGUGAGAUUGCAAGGGGAAUUUGAUACCGGGAGAUUUGUGGAGUUCUUUUCUUCCUUCCCCCCUUCAUGUUUCCGUCUUCUGAGCGGAG